AUGGCUACUCUUCCCGCCCCAACGCACGUCGCAGCUUCCGAUGCUAAAGAACAAGAGAAGAGUGAGAAGCAGGCCCCAAAGCCAAACGUGAAUCCGGGCAUACCACAGCCGAAGCUGCGUCUACACGUUGAGGACCUGCGCCAUCCCGCGUCAAGUGUCUUCCUCGCAUUCAUUCCAGAUGUUGCCUCAGUGCUAGACAGAGCUCUGGCAAACAUUGUGGAAUAUCUCUACACGCCGAACAACAACCCCAAAGCCCUGCCUGGCCAGAAGUUCACACCAAGCCUUCCACCAACAAGAUCCGUAACGGUCUUCUUGCGUGAUUACAGUGGCGUGGCCUAUACUACAGGCACUGAGCUGGACGACGCUCAUAAGGAAAUCCAUGUCUCGCUUCCAUAUGUCCAGCACUGUACAUCGGGCGCAUCUGCCAAGGACGAUCCACUCCACGAACUAGUCGGUGUCCUCACCCAUGAGCUUGUGCAUUGUUAUCAACACACUGCGCCACCUGAUAGCUCUGUGCGACCUCCAGGUGGGCUCAUUGAGGGAAUUGCCGACUUUGUGAGGUUGAAAGCUGGAUUAGAGCCACCGCAUUGGAAGAAGCCUACUUCUGCUGCUGAGAGACCACCGAAAUGGGAUAUGGGAUACCAGCAUACAGCGUACUUUUUGGCUUGGCUUGAAGAUGUUAAGGCUGGGAAGGGGACGGUUGGGAGGCUGAAUGAUCGUCUUCUUAGAGUUGGGUACAUUGGCGAAGAAGAGAAGGAUGGGAAGAAGGGUGCUGUUGGUUUCUGGAAGGGGCUGCUGGGAGGUGAGAUUGCGGAACUUUGGGAUGAAUAUGGGCGGUAUUUAGACCAUCCGGCAGGGACUAAGAGCCAUGGGAAUUGGGAAGAGGAGAUCGUUAACCCGGAAUGA